UGUAUAUCGUUAUCAGUGCGGUAACACUGUCAUGUACAUAUUUUUUUGGCCUAAUUAAUGAAGAUCUUAAUAGUCAAAUAAUCAAGAAUAUUUGAUCAUUGAAAAACCAUUUUACCAAACCACCAACCCCCGCACCGGAUUUAUUUUUUGAAAUGGCUAAACCUUUUCCGGUUAGUUUGUAUUCUGGUACUGAUAGUAUAGAAGAGGAGGAAGUGGAGCCCAAAUUUAAGUACCAACGUCUUGCAAACGAUUUGAAAAACUUACUUAACGCUGAUGUCAUUACCUGCGCUGCUGUACAUUUAAAGUUUCUUAUAUUUGGCACUUUCCGAGGGCGCGUCUAUUUAUUUGACCAUCAAGGAAACUCUGUCAAUUCGAAUCUGAGCAAUACCGACCGCCACCAUCAGGUUGCAGUUAACUCUAUUGACGUAGGUCCUAAGGGCGAGUGUGUGGCCACAUGCUCCGACGACGGGAAAGUGAAAAUAACCGGUUUUUUUAACUGCGAUAAUAAUAUGGAUUUAAGUUUUGGCAAAUUUAUAAAGGCCGUUGCUUUGGACCCCGAUCCUAGGGCUCGCCAUAGGCGAUUCAUAGUGGGCGAUGACAAACUCGUCUUGUACGACCGAAAUCUCCUUAAGAAUCUUAAAGCAACUGAGCUAUGCUCAGUCGAAGGCAAUGUUCUGUCGAUCUGCUGGCAUGGCAACUUGGUUGCUUGGGCGAGUCACUUAGGUGUCCGUGUCUACGAUUUAAAAGGCAGAUGUUCGCUUGGGUUAAUUAAAUGGGAGGUUCCUGCCCAGGAGUGCCUAGAAAACUAUCACUGUCAUCUACGAUGGUCCAACGAGUAUACUCUGUUAAUCGGCUGGGUAGACACUAUACGAAUUUGCGAAAUUAGCAAGAAAAAUUCUGUCGAAACUUCAGCUAGUAAUCUGCCUGGUUACAUAGUGGAUCCAGUCUCAACACUUCAAACUACUUUCUACAUUUGUGGACUUGCUCCACUAACUGCCAAACAAUUAGUAGUCCUUGGCUAUCGCAAAGAAAGGAGCCCUUCUUUCAAAGCUCUGCGUCCUGUGUUGUGCGUUAUUGAAUACAAAGUGAAUAAUAGCGAAGAGAUCUGUACAGAUAGUUUGACUUUGCGGGGCUUCGAGGACUACACCGUAAACGACUAUAGUCUGGGCAGCAUAAUCGAAGAGAAUCGCUUUUAUAUUGUGGCCCCCAAGGACAUUGUGGUAGCUAGUCUUAUUGAAAAUGACGACCGGUUGGAGUGGUUGAUUAAGCACAGAAAAUUUGAGGAGGCACUAGAACUGCUUGGCACGCAUGGAGGUAGCGUUCCCAUUCACUCCGUUGCCAGACUAUACAUUAGUCAUUUACUGGCGUUAAAGCAAUAUGAGGGCGCUGCCAAACUUUGUCUGCGAAUGCUGGGAAAUAACAAAGUUCUUUGGGAAGAAGAAGUUUUCAAGUUUGUAAAGUGUCAGCAGUUACGCUCUGUUAGUGCUUAUCUGCCGACAUCCGACGAAUGCAAACUCGAUCCCCACGUGUACGAGAUGGUUUUGUACGAGUUUCUGAAAUUCGAUGUAAGCGGUUUUCUAAAUCUUGUUAAGGAAUGGCCGCCUCACCUGUACGACGGCCUGGCUGUUAUUAACGCCAUUCACGAUAACUUUCGGAAGCAACAUGCUAGUCAGUUGCUCGAAUCCCUGGCUCUUCUAUAUUCGUAUCAGGGUGAUUUCGAAAGUGCCCUCCGAAUGUAUCUAAAGUUACAGAACAAGGACGUCUUUCAAUUAAUACGCCGUUAUGAGCUUUACGAUGUCAUUCCAAAAUUAAUUAUUCCACUAAUUCAAUUGGAUCGUGAACGUGCCUUUGAAAUACUACUAGAUAAGAACAAGAUAAGGACAGAGGUCGUUGUUCAUCAGCUGGAGCACAGUCAAGAGUAUCUAUACUGGUAUUUGGACUCUUUGCAAAAAGUGGAUGCCUGUAACGCAUUUCAAAGUAAACUGGUUUCCUUGUAUGCAAAAUAUGAUCGAAACCAACUUUUGCCCUUUCUUAUGCGUUCAAAGGAAUACGUAAUUCUGGAGGCGUUGGCCAUAUGUAAAAGGGAAGGUUUUUACCCGGAGAUUGUCUACUUACUGGGUUGCAUGGGCGGAGUGGAAGCGGCCGAAGCUUUAAAUAUCAUUAUUCAUAGAAUCAGUGACAUAGAAAUGGCAAUCGAGUUUUGCAAGGAACACGAUGACAACGAUCUAUGGCAUCUGCUUAUCAGUGAAACUACCAAACAACCCGAAAUUGUGUCCAAAGUCUUGGACGGUAUUGUGGACUAUGUGAACCCCGCGGUGGUCGUUAGUCAAAUCGAAAUGGGCCGGACUAUUCCGAACUUGCGGAAAUCGCUUAUUAAAAUGUUGUGGCACUACAAUCUCCAAGAGCAAACAAUAUCUACCGCCCAAAAGAUUCAAGUGAAUGACAUUUUUGAUACCCACUCCGAGGUGGUUACAUCGCAAAGACGUGGUCAGCAAGUAUCUUGCGAACAACUUUGCCUUUUGUGCCAACGCCCAGUAUUAAUAAAAAAUGCUGUUUAUAAUUGUAUCAUCGGAUUUAAAUGUGGCCAUGUCUUCCAUAAGUCGUGCAUGCUGGGCGUUCCUGCCAACAAACGCUGCAGAGAGUGUAAGCUGUGGGCCCCCGAUCUACCUUUGGAAGAUUAAGUUAAUAAUGACUCCAUACCUGUUGUCUUAUCCUUCUCUGUUAAAAGAUUCUGAAGAUAAAGAAAAAGCUGAAAAAAGGAAAUAUCUUAGAGAUAAAUGAUAAUCUAUGAUUAGAAUAAAUAUUAUAUAGUUAUAUUUGCGUCAUGCUCCCCCAGCCCAAACCACAUGAAAUAAAAUUAAUAAAAAAUA